AUGCGCGGCGCGCCCCAGCUCGACACCCCCGCUGCCUUCCACGCGAGCGACCGCCAUCUCGGUGCCGCGGCGCACUCGCGCCGGCUCUGGACCUCGCAAAGGUCGUCAGCCGAGACGACCCGCCUGCGGCCCCGGCUGCUCGUUCGCACGGCGGGGGUUCGCUGGGUAGAGUACUCGCGCGGCCGCCGUUCCUCGCUCGCCUUUCUGUUCGUGUCGCCCGACGCCCGUGCUUGCCAGCGUGCAUCGUCUUCGCACUCCGUCUCCGCCCGCGCGCGCGCAAACCCGCGCGCCCCCGUUUUACCGUCAUCCGAGCUCGCUGCGAAUCGCGCAUCGAACCGCAUUACCGCGGGCAACGCACGCACCACCACAAACAAUCGCAUCAUAUUGAUCGCGCCCCCCCCCCCCCCUCACUGGAAGCUUGCCAGCGUGCAUCGUCUUCGCACUCCGUCUCCACCCGCGCGCAAACCCGCGCGCGCCCCCGUUUUCCCGUCAUCCGAGCUCGCUGCGAAUCGCGCAUCGAACCGCAACACUCGGGCAACGCACGCGCUGUUCACGUAUGGCAUGCUCGUCGGUGCCAGUCCGGGCUGGAAAAACACGGUCCACGAUCCCGCGUCGCUUCGAAACGUACGGCAGCCUGAUUAG